AUGAUCACGGAUGUGCAGCUCACCGUCUUCGCCAACAUGCUGGGUGUGCCGCUCUUCUUGCAUGUCGUCCUCUCCCACUACGUGGCCGUCAACAAUCCCAAGCAGCAGGACUGA